CAAUUAGAAGGUUGUGAAGCGCCAAGAGGGGGAGGGGGGGUUGUGCGCGGAGUGAUUAGGGGGUGUGCGUUCAUCCCUCCCCCAAUUCUAUAUUAAAUCCAAUCAAUCUGCUCUCUAGUUAAGCCUGCCGCCCGUUUACCAACCACACUGCUCACCAUGGACCAGAAAAACAAAGCCCGGCUCAAACACCUGAGCAAAACCACCAUCCCCCGCUAUCUCUUCCGCGGCUGGUGCGCUCUAUCCGGCGGCGGUGCAGCCGGCCUGAACACCGUAGACGGCGUCUGCCCACACGCCUUCAACCGUGGCCGCGGCCACAAAAACGUGUACAACUUGACCUACGACCAGCUCCAUACCAUGGCCGUAUCCCAUUACGGGGGCGGCUUGCUCCCAGAGACCGAGCUCAGCUCCUGGGCCGCGAGCAUCAGCGUCGCGCUCUCCUACGCCCGUCGCGAACCAAGCAGCCACCUGGCCAUCCUCGACACCAAGGUCCUCGGGAGCAGCGUUAAGGUGUGGCACGCGCCGCAGCUGCUCGACUGGGGGCCCCACGAGUACCUCGCCCACGGCCCCAUUGGCGGAGACGGGUACAAAGCUGUGCCGGUGACGGCGCUCGAGGCCGCCGGGCUGAGGGCGCUGGGGGAGGACCCUAAGGAGUAUGAAUACCUGCUGCGUGACGAGCAGGCAGGGCGUCAUUCGCCGCCGGCGAAGCUGGAAGUGAGCGGCCCAGAUGUGAUCUUCGGAGCGUGCAAACAGGUCGCAGAGCUCUAUGGUCGGGCAUUCGCGAUGCCAGUGGCGCUAGCGCUUCUGGCGUGGGUUCCGCGGGAUUGGUAUUGCUACGACGAGCCAUCUGCGGAGGAUAAGGCUGUCAUUACGCGGGGGCUGACGCCGCUGGCGACGCCGCAGGAUUGGACGGAGAGCGUGGCGAUCUUGGUGGAUGAUAGAGUCGACACCGGGGGGUAUUUGGACGUUAGGCGGCUUAUGAAGCUGAUGCAGGUGCUGGCGGACAGAAAUCAUGGCAAGGGGGUGAGGCAGAGAGAAAUGAGGGAGAGAAAGAGGGCGUUGGGAGAGGCGGAGAGGAAUAGAGAGCAGGUGGAGAAUCUGAGGGAGGGAGCCCAUAACCAGAAGCCGAAUUUGGAGGGCAAAGGGGGCAAAGGAGUGAAGCAUGAGGGUGAGAGGGGAUCCGGCAGAACCAGGGCUGGUAACGGAAGUUUGAGGGGACAGAGGAGAGUGGAGAAAGGUGAUGAAAAGAAGGACGAGGAGAGCAACGUCGCAAACGGGGGUUGCAAUGGAGUUUCUAAGCCAUCGGGAGAAGGGAAGAAGGACGAAGCGAAGAGAAACGCUAAUCCAGAGCCAAAGGCGAAAGCGAAGAAUAACGCCCUAAAGGAAAUAGACAGAAACGCGGCACGCAAGAAAGACCCAGAGACACCCAAAAAAGCGAAAAACGACAAGCAGGCAAGGGACAAGCAGGCAAGGGACAAGACAGUCGGCGAUGAAGCACCAAAGCUGCCACCCGGUAAGGCGACAAAGAGUGCCCAGAAACCGAAAAACGCGAGGCGGAAAAGAUGAUGCCGCGUGGAAGAGACAAGGAGGAGCAGAUUGAAUUCAUACUUCGACUUUGUAGUAAUGGGAGUAAUGGGAAUAAUGGAAGCAAAUAUGUAGGGAACGGCCCAUGUACUGAAUUUGUGGAUCAGAUCGAAUAUGAGAGACUCGUCGUUUAGUAGUGAGCUGAGAUUAGUUCUGACAGCUCACCUGGCGCCAAC